UCCGGCCCGGCCCGGCAGGGGCCCAGCGCGGAGCGGCGGCGGCGGAGCAGCCCCGGGACGGCCCCGGGCGGGCGGCGCGGCCUCUGCGGCUCUGCCAUGGAGCGGUUCGGGGUGAAGUCGGCGCCAUCGCGGAACCGCUCCAAGACCGCGCUGUACGUGACGCCCCAGGACCGCGUGACCGAGUUCGGCAGCGAGCUGCACGAGGACGGGGGGAAGCUCUUCUGCACCUCCUGCAACGUGGUGCUCAACCACGUCCGCAAGUCCGCCAUCAACGACCACCUCAAGUCCAAAACGCACACCAAGAGGAAGGCGGAGUUCGAGGAGCAGAACGUCAGGAAGAAGCAAAGGACUCUGACUGCCUCCCUGCAGUGCAACAGCGCUGCCCAGACAGAGAAAAGCAGCGUGAUCCAGGACUUUGUGAAAAUGUGCCUGGAGGCCAACAUCCCCCUGGAGAAGGCCGACCACCCCUCCGUGCGGGCCUUCCUGUCCCGCUACGUUAAGAACGGCAGCUCCAUACCCAAGUCGGAGCAGCUAAGGAAAGCCUAUCUGCCUGAUGGCUAUGACAAUGAGAACCAGCUCAUCAACACUGAAGACCGUUGAGAAGAGAACAGUUUUCAUCCUUGUUGUGAAGUUUUACAUAUUGAUGGUGUGGUUUAUUUUUAUAUUCAUGCAUAUAUACAGUGUUACAUAUUGAUUUUACAAGCUAUUUUGUAUUCUUGUAGAAAUGACAAUCUACUCCUGACCUUAGCGGUGUACCACAGAUUGUUGCUAACCCUGCUGUGGACUUCGGAGCUGCGCCGAUGUAGAGCUCAUGAGGAAUGUAGGGAGCAUCCCUGGCAUACACCUGAUCUCUGUUCAGUCCAGCUGUAACUGAGGCUGAGAAAAAGGCACUUGAAUGGAGGACCCCAGCUCACAGUGCAUCCAAGAAGACGGUGUGGUAGGGAUUGCUGCUCGUGGCAGUGGAUUGCUGUGUCCAGUAUCCUGUCCCUGAGUGACCAAGAAGAGGGGUUGCACCUUUGGAAUGCAAGAAGCUCUAGGAUGGUUAGUUAAAGUAUCACUGCUCUGUUGGGGGAGGACUAUUGCAACUUUCUAUUCAAGCUUGGUUUACGUUUUGAAACAGGAAACAUUUUUCUUCUAGAACUCUCUCUUAUGCUGUUUGGUGCAACUGUGGAUGUAUUCAUUAUCCAGCUUAACCAGCCAGUCUCUUGUACUGACCUCUGAACUCCACUAUUCUCAUAAGGCUGGGAGUUCUGCAGGUUUGCCAUGUCUGCUUUUCUAACAUCACCGUUCCUUUGUCUUGGUUUCACAUGCCCCCUUCCACUUCAGUGCCAAUAUUUGAAAGCUGAGUAGACAAACCAGUAACUGAGUGUGGUUUGCAGUGCAGCUGCUGUCAAGUGAAACUUAUGCUGGACCAAGUUCUUAGCAGAGAUUACUGCCUUUUUCCUACUAGCAGGACUAAGCUAAAUCUAAAUUGGGGAUGGUAGAGGCACUAAACUGAGGAGUUGGGAAGUUUUUUCAUUGUGCACAGGAGAAGAGGCUGCUCCAUCUUUCCCUGAAGGUCCUUUACACAUCUGGCCUCAUCAUCAGCCUUUCAGUCAAGGGAGGUGAAGUGAUUAAAACAAAACAGUUACUGCCAAGGUCCUUCAGUACUUGUAAACACAAGUAGGAAGGCAGAUACACUUUGAACUUAUAAGGGAAUUACAGACCUGUAUUUCUUACUCUGUGCCACAGCCACAUCUAUUGCACUGGCAGAAAGCAAAAUGGGAAAUUGAAGAAUUUAAAUCAUGUUACUCUCUCCAAAAUCUAGUUAAUAGUUGCUAAGCUAGUCCAAAUGAUGAUGCCAAAUAGUUCACUAACACAAAUGUUCCAUAAAGGUUUGGAAUGAAAUGAGGGAGUACUGUGCAAAGUGCUGGAAUACAACUGACCUCUGCCUGCUCUAGAUCUCCUGGAGAUGCUCUGGGUUCAGACAGGUGCCUGCAUCUCCUGGGGGCACAGGAAUGCUCCCUCUCCAUGGGUACAAUGGCAUAAGGAUGCUUUAGCUCCUGAGGGUGGAGCCUGUUGUCCAGCUGCCUUCCCCAGCAGAGUUUCACAGCAGCUUAUUUACAGUGAUACCAAGAAUUGAUGAAAAGAGACAAAAUAACCAGAUUAUUUUGGGUUUAGAGCUAUUUCGCACCUGUAUCCAGAGCAGUCUCCUUUGCUGGGCUGAGACAUAGAUACUUGGUAACAACUAUUUUUUUGUGCAAUUAGUCUGCAGAAAUGCACUUGUGUUUCAUGUCCUGCUGUGAAACCUGCUGGAAUAAAUGGACAAAGCUAAAAAGCAGAAGGUUUUCUACCCAUGUGCAUCAGUCCAGGGGUGCUCAGCCCACUGCUGGUCUAGGACUUCAGGCAGAAAUAACAGUAGCAACUUUUUAAUCUAAUCUUAGAGAUCAAGAUAUGCCUUCCUAAAUAUCAUUUUUUAUUGCACAAGCUUGGGUUUACCUUAAAAUCCUUAACUGCCUUGGGCUAGAACUGUUUAAUAAAUCUUUUGAAGCCAAGUGAAAGGUAAACUGCCAAUAGCCUUUUCUGUCCUGACAAGAACUGAAAGUAUUUUCUCACUGUUUCCUUACAGUGAAACAACAUCCUUGCUUUAACUUUUAAUCUUUAUUGAAACCUCAGCAAUGCUAUCUUAGAAUUGAAGCAAAUGGAGAAUAAUGGGAUAUUGAGAAAAGAAAAGCAGCUAGAGAAAUGGGAUGGGCAAAAGGAAUUUGGGCCAGUUCACUCAGUUUUGCUAACAUGGGAUUUUCCAGGCUACACCCCAAAACAAUUUCAUAUAGGAUUAGAUGCUGUGUGUUCUUCCCUUGACUGACAGACUGACAGACAUUUUGAAUGCUUCAUGGGAACAUUAAAUAGGUUCCUGCAUAACUGGAAAAAAAAGAAGAAAAAAAAUCAAGUUGCUUUCAAAUUAACAGUUUUACAUAAAAAUGAAGCAAUUGGCAAAUGUAAUGGACUUGCAGGACACUGCUGUCCUAAUAAUAGGAUAUUUUCAUUUAAAAAUAAAGCCACAAUAAGCUUUCAAGCUUUUUUGAAAAUCAAGAUGUUGAUCCAUUGAAACAAACAAUAAUAAUGGAGUAAAGCUAUGAAAAAUAAAGCACUUCCAGGUAAUCUAGAAAGAAUGAAUAAGUUUAAAAUCAUGAGCAUAACCCACAUUAUCAAGGCAUUUUUUAGAGAAAAUAUGAGUAGGUGAUUGCAUUCUGUCAUGAAACAGUCCUGCAAACACUCUAAUUCAGAACAUGAUUUUGCCAGUAUGGCUGCAGAUGGAUAAAACAUAAGUUUAUUUUAACUGCUGUUCAUCUUAGGGAAGAUUUACAGCAGAAGUUUUCUCAUCUAUCUAAACCUAAGGAAUAACGAAAUCCUAGUUUUGAGGCUGUAAUGGAGUUGUUUGAACAGUCUCCAUGGGGGAUUAAUUUCUUGUGCAAGAAUGUAUUUCCUGUAAAAAAGAAAACUUUCAGAAGUAAAGGGAGCAUGGUAACAGUGUCAGCUUUUCACUUUAUAUCCAAAUGUGCAGACAAGCUCUAAGGGAUACUUUCUGCCCUGUGGUUUUAGGAAUAUAUUUGAACUCUAAAUGUAACCGAAAAAAAAUUAAAA